CCUGCGGGCGCACAGCUCUGAAGCGCUCGGUGCGUCCUUCUCCCCCCCAGACAAUUCGAGCUGCCACGACGCAGAGCGCAGACGGCCUUGUCCGCACCAGUUUGCAGCAUAGACGGCCUGGUCGGGUCACUUAAAUCGUCACAAUGAGCCUUGCGGCUUCAGACAACGUGUUUAUGUCUGCUUUGCAGCCCAACAACUCGGUCACCACGUACGCGCUCCCGACGGAGAUCCAGAUCGGGAACGGGGGAUCCACGUCGGACGAGGUGGCGAAGGCGCGGCGCGUCCAGCAGCAGGUCAAGAUGAGGCUGGCGGAGAAGUCCACACUUCCGCGUCAGAAUGGAUCGGCCGCAAACUACGCCAUGUCAGACUACGGUGGCGGUUCGUCGACGGCGCACUACAACACCUACACCCCAAAUUACAGCUCUAGGUCCGCCUUUGCGAUGUCAGGCUCCAGAACACUGGGCCCGUCUGUAUCCAUCCAUAAGUCAGGCUUCACCUCCCGGUCGACUGGCCCAGAACUGAGUCAGUUUCAGAAGAUGAGUAUCGGGGGCGGAGGUGCUGGUGGCGGCGAAUAUUAUCAAGAAGACCUACGCAUGGGCGGCUACCAAGGGGGCACGAGACAAAACCGAAUGAUGGAAGCAGAAACCAUGUCCAUGCAUUCGAUGCGGCAGCCUUUACAGGUGAAUUCCUGGGUGGUCGAUAACAGCGACGCUGGGAGCUUAAUGUCCGAACGGGACGCCACCUACGGCCGCCAGUAUGCUCAGAGCGCAAUCAACGGCUACAGUGGCCAGAUGAGACAAGGAGGAGGCACCAUGACCUAUCCAGCGCCAAUGCGCCGAUCUCUUAGUGGUACUCUGUCCCGUGGCGGCGGGAUGACAGCAGGGGGGCAAGAGAUCGUCCAGCAGCAUUCCUUCAAAGGCCCAGCCCACCGCACCAUCAGUAGGAUCACAAACCGAAACAGAAUGAGCAUGGGAGGCGUGCCUAUGGGCCUGCAGCAACAGCUGUCCUCCGGUGGGAGCACCUACAGAGGAGGAGCAGACAUGGUGGAUUCAGGGUUCAUGUAUGGCACCUUGCAGUCUGGUUCCCAGGGGAACUUAUUAAUGCAGCAGCAGCGCCAGGGCACUCUGUCCCGUGCCAUGUCAGUCAAAAGCAUGCAGAGCGUGGGCAAGGGCGUGGACGUCUACUACCAGGAGAAUGGCAUGGGCAACCUUAGCGGGAUGGACUCCUUGGACAUGGAGACAGCUGUGGCUUACCUGUGUGAGCCUGACGCGGCAUUGCAAGUAAUGGGUGCUGCGUUCAUUCAGCACCAGUGUUACAAUGACAACGACGCUAAAGACGAGGUACGUACGUUGAAUGGCAUUAAAGCACUGGUGAGCCUGUUCAACAGUGACAACGAGGAGGUGCGUCGUUAUGUCACCGGCGCCACGCGCAACCUCAUCUAUGAGAACAUGCAGAACAAGAUCGCCCUGAUCAAUGAGGGCGGCAUCCCUUCGCUGGUCAAGGCGCUCAGCGAGCCAGAUGAUGAGCUCCGCAAAAACAUCACAGGCAUCCUGUGGAAUAUGUCCUCCAAAGAGAAUCUGAAGGAGAAACUGGCUUCUGAGACACUUUCUGAGCUCACAGACAAGAUCCUCAUCCCUCUGGCCACCAAGGAGAAGAAUGAGUCAGAGUUCGAUAACUAUGAAGACUCUACGAGCAUCAAGGAGUCCCAUUCUGAGACGGAGAUUUUUUGCAACACCACGGGAUGCCUCAGGAACCUGAGCUCUGUGAGUCAGAAGACCCGUGAUCAGAUGAGAGACACACGUGGACUGGUGGACUCUUUGGUGGAAUACAUCUGUGCCUGCCUUAAAAGCAAGAGCAAGUCAGAAAGCAAGGGGGUUGAGAAUUCGAUGUGCAUCCUGAGGAACCUUUCCUACCAGCUCUACAGUGAAAUUCCUCCGAACCAUGCAAGAACUCUGGAUGGACCAACCAGAGAUCAGGACAAGGAGUUGGGUGAAGCCAUCGGUUGCUUUACACCUAACAGCAGGAAGGCCAAAAAUAAGAAGAACGUAAAUCUCUCCACUUUAAGUGAAGUUUCCAAGACGCCAAAGGGUAUGGCGUGGCUGUGGCACCCUCAGAUCGUGUCGGUGUACAACCAACUCCUGCAAAAGUGUGAAACCAACGCAGUGACCCGCGAGGCAGCUGCCGGAUCUCUGCAAAACAUCACUGCUGGAGACAGGAGGUGGGCUUCCGUGCUGAGCUGGGUGGCUCUGGACAGGGAGCGUAUGCUGCCGUGCCUGCUGAACUACCUGCGUACAGACCAUGAUAUGGAGCUGCGUUCUCUUACAGGCCUCCUACGCAAUCUGUCCCGCCAUGCCGCCAAUAAGGAUGAAAUGGCCACAAAGAGUGUGGGCACCCUCGUGGAGAAGUUGCCAGACAAUGGAGUUGAGAAGGAGCGCACCGUUGACACCGUGGUCAACAUCUGUGGUUUCCUCAACAACCUGGUGACCUGCAGCGCCUUAGCCGCCAGGGACAUCUUGUUCUUUGAUGGCGUGCCAAAGCUGCUGGAAAUCAAGAAGUCAACUGGCAGCCCUGGGAAGAUGAAAGCGGCAAAAGCAGCUUCGACAGUUCUCAGCAACAUGUACAAUUACAAGAAAUUUCACAAACAGUACUUAGCGAAAGGGUUCAGGAAAGAUGACUUCAUCGACAAUGUAGUGUGAAGCAAGUUCUGCCAUCAGAAGAUAUUGUUUUACUGUUCAAAGAUAGCAAAGGCUCAGCGGUUAUCUACCACACUUCACGAUAAGGACCUGAACACACAAGUGACCGACGAUCCAAUGCCAAUGGAAAAGGGAUUUCUUGUGUGUUUUAAAACUUGAUGGACAUCAUUAGAAUUAUAAGACUUUUUAUGGACUCUGAUACAAAUUUUUGCACCUUAACCAGUUACUCAGUUUGUUUGGACACUGUAUGUGUGUUUAUUAUAUAAUAAUAAUCAGGGAUUGCCUUUCUGCACAGCAUUUAGAUAAAACAGUUUAGAAACUGUUGAUGGGACAGUAGAGUGACCACAUGUGCCUUCUUACCAUUACAACUUAUUUGCAGCUUAAAUGCAACAAAUGCGGUACUAACAUGUCCUUUUGUUGUUGUUGUUGUUGUUGUAAAUAUUACCUUUUCUUUUACACAGAAAUAAUAAGAUCAAAUGUUUGAUAUACUGUAAUUCUUAGUAGUUUUCAGAUCAUUUCUGUUUAGGAGUUGAAAUUAUAGCAUAGUUAUAUUUGAAUGUAAACCAGAGACUUACAGAAGUUUGAAUGUAAAUAGGUUUUUGCUUGGGGACAAUACUCCCUCAACAGUUGACUUUUAUAUUUACUUAUGUGUUUUUUUUUCUUUUUUCAUAGAUGCUUAGCCUCAGCAUAUUAGAUGCUGUCUUUCGUAAGUGUUUGUUCUGCGGUAGUGAAUGAUUUGUGUGCAGGGAUGAAAGGCAACCAAAUAAAAUAUGUUGUUUUUUUUUGUUUUGUUUUGUUUUUCUGUUAAUGAACAACAAAUUUGUCUUUGACCUUUCAGAAUUAGACCAGAGGAUACGGUGAUUCUUUCAAAUAUUUUUUAUGUAAAAGAUUCUUUAAAAAUCUCAUUUGGAUUGUAACAUGUUCUUGCUGUGUGGCGUAAAUGCUGACCUUGUGUUUCUGUGUUGUUGUUUAAAGCCUUUUUUUUUUCUUUCAUGUUGUAUACAAGCGGAUGGAUUGCAGCAAAUAAAGAGUCAAAUUCGGAAAUUAAA